AUGAACCCACCACCCCAGCAAGAAUCUGAACAAAAAGGGAGUGCUAAAGAGGCUUUGAAGAAAGCAUCAUGUGCUUCGGUUCUCACAUUGGCCUAUCAGAGUCUUGGAGUUGUUUAUGGUGAUCUCAGUACUUCUCCGCUCUAUGUUUACAAAACAACAUUUUCCGGGAAGCUCAGACUUCAUGAGGACGAUGAUGAGAUUUAUGGGGUGCUCUCAUUCAUUUUCUGGACAUUUACUCUCAUUGCCCUUUGCAAAUACGUGUUCAUUGUCAUGUCUGCAGAUGAUAAUGGUGAAGGUGGAACUUUUGCAUUGUACUCAUUGUUGUGCAGGCAUGCAAGACUUGGGAUCCUUCCCAAUCAACAGGAUGUGGAUAAGAGAUUGUCGUCUUAUGCAAUAGAGGAUUCAGCAGACACGUGGGAGAGUUCUGCUCUCAAGUCUUUGUUUGAGAAGCACCCCAACAUCCGAAAUGGCCUCUUGAUUUUUGUUCUUCUGGGGACGUGUAUGAUGAUUGGUGAUGGCAUUUUUACACCAGCUAUAUCAGUUCUUUCAGCUGUUUCGGGCAUCCAAGUUAAAGCGACAAACCUUCACGAGAAUUAUGUUGUGGUUAUAUCCUGCAUCAUUCUGGUGAUCCUAUUCUCUAUUCAACAUCAUGGAACAAAUAGAGUUGCUUUUUUGUUUGCACCCAUCGUGGCGUCCUGGCUUUUGUGUAUCAGUGGUAUUGGAAUAUAUAACAUCAUGAAGUGGAACCCGCAGAUAUAUCGAGCUCUUUCUCCAUAUUAUAUGUUAAAAUUUCUGAAGCAAAGAGGUUGGGAAGGUUGGGUUUCCCUAGGUGGAGUAGUCCUUUCAAUCACAGGUGUGGAGACAAUGUUUGCUGAUCUAGGCCAUUUCUCUGCCCUGUCAAUUAAGGUUGCUUUUACAUUUCUGGUAUAUCCAUGCCUGAUUUUAGCAUAUUUGGAAGCCGUAUUCUGGCCAGUAUUCGUGGUGGCAACUUUAGCAGCCGUAGUGGGAAGCCAAGCUGUGAUUUCUGCUGCAUUUUCGAUUGUUAGUCAGUGCUACGCGUUGCAUUGUUCUCCCCGUGUAAAGAUUGUCCAUACUUCGAGCAAAAUACACGGUCAAAUUUACAUUCCAGAAGUUAACUGGAUACUAAUGUGCCUGUGUUUAACAGUAACAGUUCUACUCAGAGACACAAACAGGAUUGGACAUGCUUAUGGACUAUCAGUCACAUCUGUCAUGUUCGUGACAACAUGCUUAAUGACUUUAGUGAUGAUAAUUGUAUGGAAGCAGAAGGUUCUGAUGGCUGUUGCCUUCUUAGUUUUUUUCGGAUCAAUAGAGCUUCUGUACUUGUCGUCAGCCUUCUUGAAGAAACAUCAGUAUGAUGAGGAGAACAAAGUCUCCAUGGAAAGGAUACUAUCUUUGGGACCUAGCCUCGGAAUGGUAAGAGUUCCCGGCAUAGGGCUUGUUUACACCAGUCUAGUGACAGGAAUACCAGCCGUAUUUGGACAUUUCGUGACGAAUUUGCCGGCUUUUCAUCAAGUGCUAGUUUUUGUUUGUGUGAAAUCUGUUCAAGUCCCAUACAUCAGUGAGGAAGAAAGGUUUCUGGUAAGCAGGAUAUAUUCCAAAGAGUAUGGCAUGUACAGGUGCAUCAUCAGGUAUGGUUACAAAGAUGUGCAACAAGAAAACUAUGACUUUGAAAACAGGCUGGUCUGUGAAAUCAUCAGUUUCAUACAAAUGGAAUGCACAUGUUCCGAAAUCAGUGGUCAUGAUGAUCAAGGGCUUAAUAUUUCCGAACACAGAUACUCCUGUCCGAAUCAUGAUGCAAUGAUGCAGCCUGUCGGCGACAACAUUCAUGUACUAAUAUCAGGCGGCGAAAGUUGCGCGAGACCUCAGUUAAAGGAUGAGGCAGCACACAUACUGAGAGCUAGAGAAUCUGGAAUGGCUUACAUCAUGGGGAGGUCCUAUGCCAGGGCGAAGAAAUCCGCAUCGAUUUUGAAGAAAUUUGCCAUUGACAUUGUAUAUUCUUUCUUAAGCAGGAAUAGUAGAGGGCCUGAAAUGGUAUUGAAUGUCCCUCAUGCUUCGUUGCUGGAAGUUGGGAUGGUUUACCAUGUCUAG